AUGUCCUUAGAAAUCCUUAUCUGUAGAAAUGCUAGCAAGUUGGAGAAUCCUGGGGAUGUUAUCCUACGUAAGCCCCUGGGUGAGGGUUCCAGGACGUGGGGAGAUGAAGACCAGAGGGCUGGUCAAUGGACUUGCAGGCAACAGAACCCCGUCCACCUACAGAAGGACAUUUGUGAGGAUGAAGGCUUCAAGGAAGAAGAGCGGCCACUCCCGGAUAACGAGUUCCAGAGGAAAGUGUGGCUGCUCGAGUACCCGGAGAGCUCGCAGAAGCGCGUGGUGGCCAUCAUCUCCGUCUUCGUUAUCCUCCUUUCCAUUGUGAUUUGCCUUGAGACACUACCGGAAUUCAAGCACUACAAGGUGUUCAAUACCACGACCAACGGCACUGUGGAGGAAGACGAAGUGCCCGAAGUCACGGAUCCUUUCUUCCUCAUAGAAACCAUUUGUAUCGUUUGGUUUUCCACUGAACUAUUAGUGAGAUUUUCGCGUCGCCACCAAAGGAGUGCGAAAGACGUCAUGAACAUUAUCGAUAUAGUAGCUAUCAUUCCUUACUUUAUUACAUUGGCGACUGUGGUAGCCGAAGAGGAGGGAGAGGUGAUGGUCAUCCCUGCAGAGACACUUUCCCCGCACGAGAAGGGUCCAAACCAGGCCAUCUUAGCCAUUCUACGAGUUAUUCGACUGGUCCGAGUAUUCAGAAUAUUCAAAUUGUCUCGACACUCCAAGACCCAGAUUCUAGGAAGAACGCUCAAGGCAUCCAUGAGAGAACUCGGUCUGCUAAUAUUCUUCCUCUUCAUCGGUGUGGUACUCUUCUCAAGUGCUGUGUACUUCGCCGAGGCAGGCUCAGAAAAAUCCUACUUCAAGUCUAUUCCUGAUGCCUUCUGGUGGGCGGUCGUCACCAUGACAACAGUGGGCUAUGGAGAUAUGACGCCCGUGGGUGUGUGGGGCAAGAUCGUUGGGUCCCUGUGUGCCAUCGCCGGCGUGCUCACCAUCGCUCUUCCUGUUCCCGUUAUCGUGUCAAACUUCAACUACUUUUACCAUCGGGAGACUGACCAAGAGGAGAUGCAGAGUCAGAACUUCAACCACGUCACCAGUUGCCCGUACCUGCCUGGCACUGUUGGCCAGCACUUGAAGAAGGACUCAUUAUCCGAGUCCUCUUCCGACAUCAUGGAGCUUGAGGAGGGCAUCCUGUUGCAGCACGACCUUAGUAAAAAGCAGAACUGUAACCCGCGCCACAACAAUAACAUAAACGCCAUGAGCAUCGAAACUGACGUCUGACACUUGUGUGGCAGGAAGGAGUCGAGCAGUGCCAAUAUCAAGUGCACAAAGUAAUUAUAAAGUGGGUCUAGCUGCCGCGCCAUCUUCAUCCUGCGAGCUUCGUAGCGAAGAAGGCAGCCUUGAGAAGCACUCAGGUCAUAUUGGGUCAGGAGGUCAAAGGUUACAGAUAAUCAUAGUAAAACAUUAGUUAAAAGAAAGAUCAGUGUGAACAUACCAAAAAAUAGUAAAAUUUGUAUAGAUUAAGUUCAGUAGUGCUUCUGAAAUUUUCAGGAAAAGUAAAAUUAGGUCAUAUAAAUGUUGAUGAAUUUAAAUUUUAAGAUAACAAUCAAGGGCAUCAGGCAAAUUAGGGUUACAGGGUUUAUGCGAUUAAUACAAAACAUGGUUUUACGAUUAGCAACUCAGUAAUAGGUCAUACAUUUGUAUCAGUGGUGAUACUUAAGAAAUUCCCACCUCUGAACUUCUCCUGAUCUAAUUUGACCCAAGAGUAGUGCAAAAAUUGCAAUCAAAACAGCGCAAGAGAGGAAGGCUGCAUAGAUGGACUAAGAAGCGUUUGAUAUACUGUACAUGUGAUAUCCCCUAAUCUAAUAGUGGAAGAAUGACCUCAGUUAGAAAAUAACCUUUUAAAUAUGAAAUAUCUAAAUUUGUUUUUAUAAUAAACUCAUCAGUUAUGAAAUCAGUGUGGUGAUAGUGAAUGCUGCUGAGAUGAGCCCAUGUAUGUAAUAGGAUGAGCCACUGUGGGCCUUGAAUAGUUCUUUCAUGGCUGCUUUUCCAAGAAAAGAAGCUUCAAUGAAGUCUGGUCAUAGUCUCAUAAUAGCUUAUCUCUUUACAUUGUUCCCAAGAAGUGGUUCAAGUUUAUCCGCUACCUAACGCGUUCUCAUGACAAACUUGUAAUGUUUGAUAAUCCCAAGGUCCCUCAUCAUGCCAGAGAGGCCAAUUUCCCCUCUGUUUAAUCCCCUUUCUAGUCUCCUCUCAACGAGCCUAGUUGCCCUGGGUCCCCGUUAGAGAGGGGAUUGAAGGUAUAUACUCUCUCUGGCAUGUUCUCCUUCCGUCUGAACUUUAUCCUGCCGCUUCCAAAGACCACAAGGUAUCUGAGAGCGGUCCUUGAAAAUCCAUAUCUUACAGCUCUGGUUCUCGGGUAAUUCACAAGCUUCAUGGGGUGUCAUAAGAGCCAAAAUCCUGUGUUCAUACUUGGUAAAAAAAAAAUUUGCCUGACGGGAAUUCCCUGAAGCUGAUGUAUGACCCAAAGUUCAGAUCCCAUAUUAGGAGCAUUCUAAGGUAGUGGAUCCCAUAUAUGCCUUCCCCCAACUGCCCCGAGGCACCACCAGCAUUUAUUCCAUGCCUAUUUGAACCCCUUAAUAUCUUCUACGAAUUUUCUGCUCUCCUCUGUCGCAGUAGUUCAGUGGCCCUCGAAGUAUUAUAACCGACUCUCUGGAACUACUCCCUGCCUUCCUUUUGUCGGAUGCCAAAGUGUCGCAGGACCCUCUACGGUAGCAGUAUUUUUGUGGGCAGAUGGGGGUAGCUAUGGGUGAUAGGAUUGAAAACCUUUUUGGUAACUUUUCUUCUUAAUGACCCCCUUCCUAAUGUCAUUCCAACUCCUACAUGAAUUAGAACUUUCCCAGGUUGAACAGCAAUAAGGCAUAACAGUUUAUUAAUACCAUUGUAACUUUAGGAUUUGUUUUUGUUCACUUUGCAUAAUAACAGUUUCGAAUAUUAGCUCUUUACAAUGCAUUUCAUAAUAUAUUGUUGUUCAACUGUUCCCCAAUAUACAUUCUCCUGUGUUACUAAGUCAAGUGUGGGUAUGAUGUUAUGAAGACCGUUGCUGUGGUGAUAAAAUGUGUAAUGUCACACUGAUGAUAUUAAGUGAUAUAAGGCCGAGGGGUUCCCUAAAGGUUUGUCCCCCCUCUCAUGACCACCACUACCACCUGCUUCCACAACCCACCACCACCGCCAAAUCUAAAGCCCGCUGUGCAGCCACCAAGCUGAAGAACCUAAAAUGUGUGCGCGCAAACGGACGGGGAGGAACAACAAACAAAUGAGCAACGAAUGAUGCAGCUGCCGUGAUCAGACUCUGUUUCGUUACGACAAGCAAGUGGUGAUGUUUGUGCCUGAAGCAAAUUCUACUGAAGCUUUACAAAGAAUGUAUAUAUUCGUUAUUCUAGUGAUUCAUUAGUUACUACUAAGAACAAUGGCCUAAUUGAAGGAGGGAGGAAAGGACGUAAAUAAGCAGCUGGCGCGUUUUGCAUUGGAAGUAGUAGUGAAAGUGGUGGCAGUCGUGUGUGUGCUCGUAAACCUCAACUGUGAGAUACAGCGUGCGCUAGGUUGACCAUAUGCUCCUCAACAUGCUAUGCGGGACUGAAAAGGAAUUUGUUUUCAAACCGUCUUAUUCAGACCUGAACUUGAUAACUAUAAGAUAUAAACCAGCACUGUUCUAAGUGUUGGAUAAUCUUCGGGUUGUUUCUUUUUGACAGUUUAUUGGAUGGUUUGAGAUACCAAUUCGGUGAGGUUGGUACCCCUGUGCGUGAAAAUGGCGCAGAUUAAAGUUAAAAGGAAAGUUAAUUAGAAUCCAAUCCUCUAGCAUCUUUGUAAGGUACAAUUCCAUGAGUAUCUAUGUUGAUACUCUCUGCCCUGACUAUGAAGAUGUUCAUGAGUAAUUAUCAGAAGGGGAAGAUGUAAGGCACCAAAAGAAAAAUGGUUUGAAAAGUGUCUGCUUCCUGAUGGAUGUCCAGAUUUGAACCAAGAUGAAAAAGUGAGAAGGCAAAAUCUGAAAGAAUGUUUACAUAAGGCUUAAGAGUGCAUUAUAGUAAAGAAAGUAAAGGAAGACAUAGAAAUAAGUGAAGCAUGGAGGCAAAAAAGCAAGUGGUAUGUUUAAUACAGGGAGUUAAUAAAUUGUCAAGCCUGAACAAGGAGACACUAAAGCAACAUGAAAAGUCAAAAAGAUGUGACAAAAGCUGCAUAGAGAAGGAGAAUAGGCAAGAAAAAGUAGCUGGAUCGGGUGUGUAGUUUCCGUCACUGGCACGUAUCCUCCAAGAGAGCCUCAUCCCCUCUCCACUGAAAGAGGUGCCGCCCUAUCACUCAGGAAGGAUGGUCCUUACUAUCGUAAAGCAUCGGCUUCUGGAAUUUCAGUGGGUCUCAUCAUCCUAUCAAUGGAGGUGAGACUUCUUGAAAUCACGGAAAUCGGUGAAUUACCCUAAGCCCCAGUUUGUAAUGUAAGAACUCCUUAAGAAGAUAACAAGAUGUAGGUGCUAUUGGAACUUGCUUACGAAAAUUUAAUCGUAACUCAUGUACGACACUUGCAUAAUGUCCAGACAUAAUCAGUCAUAUAUAUAUAAAAAUUUAAAGUACUGUGUUGUUUAUAUUAAUUACUCAAAAAAAUCUGUCAUUCACUACUACAAAAGGUUCACUGGAGGAAUGCUGCUGUAGUGGUUGGAAUCUCUUGAAAAAACAAGAAAUGUAUUCUUGUGGUGUUCUUAUGUUAACAAAGCUAACCUAAGCCCAUCUUGUGUGCACUUGCCUGGCACAUAGGGAUUGUGGAAAGCAUCUGGUGAAGGCUACUGGAAUGAACCAAGGAAAAGAAUUGUAGAAGACUGUUGUUACUGCAAAUAUAAGAAGAGAUAGCUUGAUAGUGAAGCAUUGUAGCAAGUGAAAAGAUAAGGAAUCAAAUACCAACUAGGAUAUUAUGAAGUACACAUUGUUAACUGCCCAUUCACUCACCCUGCAUAGACAAUUCAGGAGGUAUCAGCUACCGAGGUGUAUGAAAUAAAAAAAAGACACGUUUUGUGUUCAUAUCACAACCUUCACCCCUUUGCCUUUGCAUCGUUUAUGCCCAUAUUUCCUAAGUGAUGAUGUUGGAUUGUCUAAACAUAUCGUUCAUUCAAAAUAUGAAGCCUUGUCCUUUGUGUGAAUCAUUCUCACUUAUUACAUUUUGAAGUUUGUGUCCUCUUUCAGUGUCCAAUUAUGUUCUUAAUUGUGCUGCUUUUUCUUAAGUCAUCACUUUCGCCAGACAUCUACAGUGUACAUAAUAAAGGUGUAAGUAAAUAUGUGGAUGACUGUACCCGGUGCUAAAUUUCCUUUACAGUCAAGGAAGAGGAAGUAAACUAAAAAUAAAAAUUACCAAUGAGAUUUAGGUCACUUGUGUUCCAUGAUAUCUACAGGUAAUGUAGUACAAGAAAAUAUCCAGCCUAGGUCAUCCCAAGGACCUGUUAGAUCAGGUGAGGCAAUUUAGCAGUUUAGAAGCCAUAGGAAGAAAACAAUUGAAAUUGAUCAUAUACCUGUACUCAAAAGUUAACAACCAAAAAACCUGGUUCCCUGAGGUAUUGUGUAGUUGUUGCUGGAAGUGAGUGAGAUGAAUUGGGCAAGAAAAGCACUUAAGGUUGAUUAUCCAUUUUCAAUGGUUUUCUUAAAUUAUAACUGACUACCUCCCUCUGUAAGACAGUAGAAACAACUAGUUUUAUUCACUAGUUAUUAUCACUUGCCAAGCUCAUACUAGUGUGCAGGUGAUUAGAAAAAUGUUAGAUAAGAGAAAUAUAGAGAAUUAGAAAAAAAUCAUCCACAAAUCCUCCUCCACUCAGCUUCAGCCAAUAGUGGAAAAACUGAAAACUGUGAAUAUCCUUCACAGAAUGAUAGAAAGCAAAUGGGAAAAGUAAAGAAGGCAGAUGAAGAUAGAAAUAAGGACAAUGGAGAUGGACUGUACAGGACCUAGGCCAGCCAGAAUGUAUGGCAACAAAUAUCUCCCCAACUAGUGCAUAGGUGAUGAGUAUCAUGCCUAUGAAUAAUGAGUCUAGUUUAGAGAGAUAGAAUACCAAGUGAGUAAUUACCCAAAUUAAUCAGCAUUAUGAUAAUUUAAAUAGGAUGAUGAAAUUUGUGACAGUUCGCCUCUCCAAGAUCUGAUAAAGUGCAUUGCUUCAUUAUAAUUGAAGAAAUGCAGUCAUGUUUUUAUAUGUUUCUUUCUAAAGGCCUGUAUAUAUUCUGUACAUAAUUGACUGAUUGUUUGUUUUACAUUAAGCCUGUUUAUUGUUGACGGUUUGAGAAUCUUAGAUAAUUAUUUUCUCUUGUUGCUGCAUGAGAACUUUGAACAACUCUUAACCCAUCAGGUUUUGUAGGUGUGGCCUCCUCCUCACAAUGCUUGUGAUUGGCUUACUUGGAGAAGGCUCCACUGAUCAGAACCUCGAGUGGGCUGCCCGUCCCAAGGUGUCCGAAUGCAGUCUCAAGUUUCCUAAUCAACUCUCUUCUUCUUGUGGACUGUGAUGUCAGAACCGAUAAGAGGGGGCGGGCAUCCCAACCAUUUGCUUCAUACUUUAUCUAGGAAGAACCUCUAGAGCAUUAUUUGCUUGCUAGAUUACAAAAAUAUUGGAAUAAGUGACCAUUAAACAUUUCAGACGGCCGUAGUUCCUCAAAAUGCUGUAACCUCUUCAGCUAUUUACAACUCUGCUUAACCUAGAGAGACAAUGUAGUUGAUCCAAGACUGGAGUAGUCCACUGUGAUAUGAUUAGUCAUUUUGAACCUAUGAUGGCAUUUCAGUAAGGCUAAUUUCCUGUGCUGUGAAAGUGAAAAUCAGCUUUAUCAGAGGAUCAUUCAGGUACAAAGUUGCUGGUCAAUUCACAGAUCUUGUUGGUAGAUUCUUCAGUUACAUCAUACAUCAAAACCAGUUUUUGGUACUUUGUCUUGAUAUGUGAUAGGAUCAGUUAUUAUGAGCCUGAAGUGAAAUCUCGGAUGAGAUUCAUUUUCCCGUUCACCACACACAAGUGAUUCUUAUGAAAGAAAUGCUGCUUAAUGCUCAAAUAUGUAGAUCACAUUACAAAGUGCAGCAGUAUUUCCUCUCUUGACAGUCUCUUCAUUGUCUCUUUACAUAAUAAGGUGCCAUGUACUCCCAAGUUAUCUUACUGGCUCCCUCUUCCCCCUCUUUAUUAUAUUGUAUCUAUGUUACUUUGCUUCAAACAGUUGUUUUCUUUGUCCACUCAAGGAAAGAAAAUAUUGUUAGCAAACUGCAGCUACCAAUGACAAUGCCAACUCUUUCCAUUCUUUUCAGAAUUAUUAGUAGUGGUAUAGGGUUUCAAAUUAUUGAGACUUUCUCCAUUUAACUUUAUGAUGACUGCCUGUUAAUGUAUAUAAUACAAAUAAAAGUUGUUGGUUAAAUAAUGUAACAACAAUUCAUCAUCGUCAUCCAUUCCAAAUCAAAAUGAAGGCAGAUGAGCUGUAAUUAUGAGAUACUAGUCCACCUAAUUCCAGGUAUUAUUGAUUAGGCUCUCCCUUUCCAUAUUAAUCCCUCUAACCCCUCACAUACCCGAGGGGCAGGAGAAGACAACAGAGAACUCUCACACAUUCUCAGGGAGAGUUUCAGAUAUUAUAGUCCUUGUAACUUAUCCCUGAAAGCAAUUGAAAGGGUUUUACGUUGUCUUCAGCUGAUCCUCAUAUCUGCUUCACAGUCAGAGACAUCAAUGGGUCCCCAGAGUUGCACGGUCUAAGGGGAAGGUAGGAAGCGAGAAUGGCACCACUUAGGGUCUGAAGAGUCUUGCUUUCCCCUCUCAAUAAUUGUGAACCAGCCAUUGAAUGUCUCUGUGAUAAUCAAGAGAACCUCACCUGUCUUGUUUAUGUUAAUCAUUUUGUUUAAUGAAUCAUAUUGGACAUAAAUGUUUUGACUGAGGUAUGUAAAUUCACAAAACUUGUCUAACCUCAUUAAAGAAUUGGUAAACUGCUGCAAAAAAAUUGAGAAAUUAACUAUAACUACAAAAAGUCAAAUGUAGUAUCAUAUAAAAUUACUUCUAUUCUGUUUAGUUCCUUGGGGCACAUUACUGGACCAUUGUGCUUCAAUAGCUUUCUUGUUUGUAUCCACUUGAGCAUAGAGGUCAGAGCACAAUGUUUCUUGUUCAACACUGCUAAGGCUGAAUUUUUUAGCAUCAAUUGAUGCAAUGAACUUGAGUCUUAUGGAUGGUGGCAGUUUGAAAGUCCUGAUCUCAAUGCUUUACAAAUUAUCAGUGGCAUAUUCAGGCUUUGAGGUAAUUAUUUUGGAUGGCUUUAAAAAACAUUUCAUCUUUAUGUGAACCCUAAAACAUAUUAAUUGGCUCAACAAGCAAUAAUUUAACUGGGGGGGGGGAAUAUGAGUAUUCAUAUAUACCAUACAUGUAAACACAUAGCCAAUCAAAUUGGUCUUGUACAUAAAUUAAGUGAAAUAUGCCAGGAUUUGCCACUUGGAACAAUCCAAACUAAAACCACAAUGGAAAAAACUUGUGGAUAUAACUUAAGCACAUCCCAUUCAGCCAUUACCUGUGCCUUCUAUCCAAAGCUUCCACGGAGCGAUGUAGGCUUCAACCUGAAACACCACUUGAGUGAUGGCAAAAGCCAAGCAAUCAAUCACAAUCUUUUCUUCACUUUGUAAUAACCAAUCAGCUUACAGAUCUAGAUGCUCAAGUCCUUUGCUAGCCUGAAGUGGUGUUUAAGGGUUAUGGCCAAAGCCUUGUUCAACAUGUUUAUAAACAACUGUAUUAUAAAUCUGCAUAGUAAAUUGUACACUAAUAGGCCAUGAUGUAAAUAAAUACACGAGUAAUUGUAAACCACAUGCAUGAUUAUUGCCCAGAAAAAGAAAUUAUUGUACAGUACAUGUUUUCAGAAUAUAAAUUUCUUUAAAGCCCUAAAGAUUAAGUCACAUGUUGAACUUGGCUCUGACUUAGGUCAACGUUCCACUAACCCUGUGUGAUGGGAGAGCAGAGCUGCAUCUACAUAGGUGACGAGGUAUACAAGUGCAAGCCUUAGGUCGCCAUUUCAAUCAAAUUUAUGGUCCAAUUCACUGAGAACAUGAACCUGAUUGAAAUACCAUCUUGGCUUCAACGUGUCAUUCCCGUCACAUCAUUUGUUUUGCUAGAUUAAAUAUGGCUGCUAAGUCUAUGUUUACAGUCUUUGCCUUCAGGUUAUAAGAUUUUCAGGUGAUGUUCUCUGUAUUGAAGAAAAGUACUAGGUAUUUAACAUUUCUUCCUUGCUAUUAAGGUCCAUUGUUGUAUAAGAUUAUGAAAAGAUUUGGACCUUGGUAGCUGCAGGAUGGACUGGAUUCAUUGAAUCCCCUCAUUAUUUUGAUCUUGUAUCAAAGUGUGUGCUUUUUCAUGCCAAUAAACUAAGAAACCAGUUAAGAAAUAGUUUUUUUUCAUUUUUUCAUAAUUAAUCUCAUCCUUACAAAUGGGAACAGAAAACAUUACAUAUCAUUAAUUUAUUGGCCUUUAAAAUUAGAUACAUGUAUUAAAAUAUAUUAAAGAAAAGCAUAUACUGUUCACAAAACUUAUAAGAUAUCAAGACAGUUUCAGAAGAAAAAAGCACACAGAUAAUAAACAACUUUCAGCAAAAUAUGUAAAAAAAAAAAAGAAGAAAAAAUCCUUGGAUGAUAUAAAGCUGCAA